GGUUAUAUCUGAGAUUUCAUCAACAUAUCUACCAUCAUGCUUCGGCGCAAUCUCAGUUUGCCUCCUAACAAACAGAGGCAGACUGGAGUUUCAUUGCCUCCAUCGCACAUGAGUGUUGUGCCACAUUGUGAUCAACGGAUUUCACAACGUGAUACGAAAUCUAAAGCUUUCGUAACUAGAGCUAUAACCAACUUGAUUGAGUUUUUAGAGUCUACUGAGUAUCCCAACGCCAUUUCUACUCGUCUGCUUCAAUCCCCCAGUUCAAAAGAAAUAUUUUGCAUUUUUGAGCAUGUAAUACGCCAAAUAUCGCCCACGUAUCGUAUUGGACGACCAGGAACAAAAGUGGAAGAUUCAUGCCUUGACGCGCUAACGAAGCUAGGCUAUCCAUAUGUGCUAAGCAAACAGUACUUGGCCACUCCGGGUGCUCCGCACGCUUGGCCAUCCGUGCUCGCGGCACUAGAUUGGCUUCGUGAGCAAGUGGUUGAGACACAUGAACUUCGGAAAUCCGACUCUUUGUUUAAGUAUGACGACGAACAAGACACUACACGGGAACCGGUGGGCAAGGUUCUUUACGAAUGUACUCUAGCCGAACUCAACGGACAACGGUCCAUGGAUGAACUGGCACAGGUGAGUCUAUUUGUAUCACAUAUCUUCAUUUGUCACCUGCUUUGCCUUGGAUCCUAGUGGUAUUUCUGUCGCGACGUAAUACAAUCGUUUACUGUUUUUGUUCUCCUGAGUCCACUUGUAGUGAAUUCCAUCUGUUCUUUGAUCGUCUUAACACACACCGCAUAGCCAC